AUGUCUCAGACUGUUGUACUUAAGGUUGGCAUGUCAUGCCAAGGCUGUGUCGGAGCUGUGAACAGGGUGUUGGGGAAAAUGGAAGGUGUAGAUUCAUUCGAGAUAAAUCUUGAGCAACAGAAAGUGACAGUGAAGGGGAAUGUGCAGCCAGAAGCAGUACUUCAGACUGUCUCCAAGACUGGAAAAAAGACUUCUUUCUGGGAAGAAGAAGCUCCAGCUGCCCCUGAAUCAAAGCCGGUAGAAGCUGCAGCUGUACCUGAAUCAAAGCCCACAGCAGAAGCUGCUGCUGAACCUGAAUCAAAGGCUGCAGAGGCUGCUGCUACUACAUGA